AUGACUUCAAGGAGCCUUAACUGGAGGCUGUUUUUUCUGGUAGCGCUGUUUAGUAGGAGCCAGAGUUCCAACAACUGUAGCGGGAGAAAGGUCUUAAAUGGCCAAGAAGGGUUUAUUUCCGAUGGGCCUGAAAUGUACAAAGCUAAUUCACACUGUGAAUGGCUUAUUGAUGCUGGGAGCCCGAACAAGACCAUCCACCUCACGUUUGAAAGCAUGUCUACGGAAUGUUCAUUUGACUUCCUCUUCAUUUAUGAUGGCAAUUCCUACAACAGUCGACUGAUUGCCACCCUUAGCGGCGACAGCCCGCCAAAAGAAGUGACAGCUUCUUCAGGUCAUAUGCUGCUGUACUUAUUUAGCGACCGUAACUAUCUGAAAAUGGGAUUUGAGGCACGAUACAAAAUCUUUGACUGUCCUGGGAAUUGUAACGAGCGGGGAGAUUGCAAAAACCACAUCUGUCACUGCAAAAAUGGCUUCAGUGGGGAUGCUUGUGAGGUGAAAAAUUGUCCGUCGGAAUGUAACACGCACGGAGAGUGUAAGUUUCACAGCUACAAACUGCAGUCGUGUCACUGUAAUCCUGGCUAUGUUGGAAGAGCUUGUGACUUGCAGGUCAGCGGGACUGAAGGUCUCGGACAGUGGUACACAGUUCAGACGGACAAGAAAAGGUUUCCACCCCGCACGUCCCACACUGCAGUGUUUGCUGAUGACUGUAUUUGGGUGUUUGGAGGGUUCGAUCUCAAUGUUGUGCUGGAUGACCUGCUGCGAUUCUGCCUGUCAGAGAAUCUGUGGGAAAGUCUAGCCAAGCCUGACCAUAUAGCCACUGCAAACAAAACCGUUUCCUGGCCUGCAGGAAGAAGUGGCCAUGCCGUGGAUAGCUACGGCGACGGUUUUUACAUCUUUGGUGGAAUCCUGGGCGACGGCCUACAUUCCAAUGAACUGUGGUUUUUUAACAUUACUUCUCUUUCCUGGACACAGUGCGCCACAGAGAGUGUGAUCAUGCCAGAAAGGCUUACAGGUCACACGUUGACAGCUGCUGAUGACUAUCUGUAUGUCAUAGGGGGGAAGAAUGAAGACAGGAUAUUCCUGAAUGUGAUGUAUAGAAUUUCAGCUAGCCAUCCUGACCAGUGGGAACGGGUGUUAGCCAAAGGAGGCAACUACCCACUGAAAAGGUUGGUAGGACACACUUCUGUGUACUACAGACAUUCCCGGUCGCUGAUUGUCUUCGGAGGGUACACUCAGGGCAGUGCCCUCUUCAGUGACCGCAGCAAGGAUAUUCUAUCUUUCAACAUAGACGACCUCUACUGGGCUUAUUUUCACAGUGAGGAUUGGAAUAAGGAUUCGACCCCUCGGCAUCGAGCAUUCCAUUCUGUGGUAGUUAUGGGGAACUACCUAGUGAUCUAUGGCGGAAACACUCAUGACCAUUCUGGGCUUGAGAUCUGCUACAGUCACGAGAUAUUCUUCUAUCAUUUAGGCUGUCAUGUCUGGCUCAACCACACGUAUUUCACUGGCAAUUCAUCGACUGGUGGAAUGCCUUCUAAAGGCAGGUUUGGUCACACAGCGGUGGCUGCAAAUGGCAACAUCAUGUUCAUCAUUGGAGGUUAUUCAGGCCAAGUUCUAGGUGAUCUCUUGGCUUAUAAAUUCCCGUCUGCCAUUGCUGGUUUUGAGGACAACUGCCCGGCCGUACCUGUAGCUGGAUUUAGUGCUGACCAUUGUGAGGAAUAUUCAAACAGCCACUCCCGAGUCUGCCAGGAGGAUCCCGAGUGCAUUUUCUGCAACCAGGGAAGAGUAGACAAAGGCAACCAAAGUUGUAUUCAUCGGACACGUUCUGAGUUGUGUGUCAGCGGAGACUUUCAUGAUUCUGCUGACCGUUGCCCAGGGAUCUGCCCAGUCCUGCACACUUGCGGAGCCUGUGUCAGUCACGGCAAGGGUGUUGAGCAGGCUGCUGAACUACGCCCUCGACGCACCUACAUCCAAGAAUGCAGCUGGUGUGUCAAGGAAGCCAAGUGCCAGACUAAUUCUGCCCCACAGGGCACCUGCCUGUCACCUGUUCAGACGGAAUCUGGCUUACAGGGUUGGUGGGGUGGGUUGAGUGCCAACCUGACCACCCUGCUGCAGUGUCAGCUCGAGGAUUUACCAGCCGGGCUGCACUUGAUUAAGUACCGGGACCCUCAAAACAGUAGUUUUCCUGAUGAGGUGAGCAUUAUACGAAAGACUCAAGGUACAACGGGCUAUACUGCUACAAAGCUGAUAGAAAGUGCUUUCAUCUACUCAUCCAAAUUUCUGGGCUACAUCCACCCACUGAACACUUCAGCUUUCAACGGAGAGAACCUGACCCUGUUUCUGGGACUGAAGAGCGCUAGAGCCGUGCUAAACUUAUCACUGGACGAUAGUGAGAGUCUUGAGGAGACGGUGAUAGUGAUGGCAGAAGCUCCCAAAUUCAACUCAACCCAGGCCAGUAGAAAAAGUGGACUUGCAGUCUUCCCAGUUGUCGAUAGAGGCCAUAAGUACUUUAUUCAGCUAGCAACAGAACAGUCUCGUCCUCCACCCGGUCCUCAAACUUCCCCUGUAGAAGCUACCAUCACCCUGGGAUGGAAUGGCGGUCUUCACCAGUCUUCCAAACAGCACCUCAUUACGGCAGAGUUUUUGGAGCCAUACAGCAAUGGCAACUGCAGCAGCAGCUAUAACUGCCUGGCUUGUCUGUCGGACACCUUGUGCAGUUGGUGUGAG